AUGGUAAAAGGAUCCAGGCAAUGGCAAGAGAAAUUGCCUUUUGCUCUUUUAGGGUACCGCACGACUAUCCGCACAUAUGUUGGUGCAACUCCUUACUUAUUAGUUUAUGGAACUGAGGCGGUCAUACCAGCAGAAGUAGAGAUCCCCUCUCUUCGAAUCAUUGUUGAAGCAGAGAUUGAUGACACUGAAUGGGUCAAGUCCAGACUAGAACAAUUGUCGUUAAUCGAUGAAAAGCGAUUGACGGCGGUUUGCUUUGGCCAGUUAUACCAGCAAAGGAUGGCUCACACUUACAACAAGAAAGUGCGUCCAAGACAUUUUGAGGUGGGCCAACUUGUUGUGAAACGCAUCCUUCCGCACCAAGAAGAAGCGAGGGGAAAAUUCGCCCCAAAUUGGCAAGGCCCUUAUGUUAUCAAACAGGUGUUGUCAAAGGGAGAUUUGCAGUUGUCCGAUAUAGAAGAAAAGGUGGCUGACAUAGAAAUUAACGCAGACUCAGUUAAAAGAUAUUAUGUUUGA